GGAGUGUCCUCUCUGUGAAGAUGGCUGCAGCGCGUAUGUGCAGGAGAUGGUGCUCGACCGCGGCUCGAGCUGCCGGUGAUACUGGAGUAACGGCAGCUGCUCGAGCCGGCGCGGAGAGCGAGCGGGUGGCGGCGGGAAAGGGGUCGCGGUGGGAGAGGCUGCGGGACAGCAGAAUGGGCCUGUGGUGGAAGGGCCUGCUCCGCGAUUACAAAGAGGCCUGCCGCGACGUCUUCACCGGAGCCAGGGAGCGUCCUGGGAAGGCUGCCCUGUACCUGUCUCUGCUGGGUGGGGCUGGAGCCUGCUGCCACUGGAACCCAAGCGAAGCCUCCUUCGAGAGCAGCUUGCUGGAGGCCUCCAACACACUGUUGUUGCUGUCGCCGUGGAUACGCAGCGGGGACUCCGACGGGCACGUGCAGGGGCUGACCAAGCUGAGGAACCAGGGUCGCCUGCGCUACCAGAGCCUGGGCUUGCUGUCGCUGAUGUACGAGGCUCCCUUCCACCCUGACAGCAGCCUGUACGAGGCUCGCUGCCACUCCCUGCGCCCGCGCUGGCUGCACUUCCCCAGCAGGGUGCUGGACCUGGGCUUCUGCUGCCGCUGGUGGGUCCUGGAGAGGAAGAUGAGGGACUUCGACAUCAAUGAGCAGGAGUUCAGGAACUUGCCCCCCCACCUGAGGACCAUUUCCUCCAAGCAGCUGCGCUCCCAGGAGAACGAGAGGCUGUACGAGGAGAAGUACAGGCCUGUGUCGCUGAGUGACGAGGAGAUCGCCAGGGCUGAGAGCGAGGCGAGUGCUAUCCCUCCUCCCUCCACCAGGGAGCAGUAACCCCGACAUGCAAGCUGCACUUCUCUUGGUGUGAGAGGACUGAGGGAAGCAGAGAUCUCCUCUCUCCAUAAGGGGCCGGUAGUUCUGCUCUCAGACAAUGGGGGUGGCAGAUGGGACAAUUUGAAACUUGGAAGGUAAAACUCGUAAGAAACUGUUUAAACCAAGACACUCAUUGAAAACUGUUUGCUUGGCUUAGUUUCUUAAAUGUAUCCCAGCACUCUGUGAUUUCAGCUUUUGUUUGUUUUGUUGAAGUUUCAUUACAAAUUUAAACAUGAAAAAUGCAGGCCUGGAAAUAAGACUUUUAUUGCAUAGCAGUUCAAUCCAUUCCUGGUUUUACUGUGAGCUUAAUAAGAUUCACCUGAGCUUAUUACCUGUACA